AUGGUUCCUUCUUCCUCGCCGGAAACCCUGAAAAAACCUCCGCCCAGAAACACAAAUACCCUCCGCUACGCCCUCACCACCGUCAAGAUCCACGUCACCUCCCACCCCAGAUUCUGGCUCUUCAUCGCCUUCCUCUGGCUCCAGGCCCUCAUCAUCUCCAUCGCCCGCACACCGCCGCCCUGCUUCCCCGACCGCUCCGUCCCCGUCGCCGUCUCCGCCGCCGUCCGCUACCUCCCCCUCCCCACCGACGCCGCACCCGCCAACACCAUCAGACCCCAAUCCCCCGCUUCUCUCUACAACGACGACUGCCCCUCCGGCAGGAUCUACGUCUACGACCUCCCCGCCGCCUUCCACCGGGAUCUGGUCGUGCGAGGCUGCACCGACCUCGACCCAUGGAACUGGGAGUGCGGCAUCAUCUCCAACCACGGCUACGGCCGCGCCGCCGCCGAGCUCCGCCGCAUCCUCCCCGGAGACCUCCACAAAUCCUGGUACCACACCAACCAGUUCACCUCCGAGGUCAUCUUCCACCACCGCGUCCUCCGCCACAGGUGCCGGUCCCCGUCGCCGGAGUCCGCCACGGCGUUCUACAUCCCUUUCUACGCCGGGCUCGCCGUCGGGAAGAACCUCUGGUCGAACGACACCUCCCGCCGCGACCGCCACUGCAAGAUGAUGCUCCGGUGGGUCCGGAACCAGAUCUACUGGAAAAAAUCCAACGGCUCCGACCACUUCAUGACGAUCGGCCGGAUCACUUGGGAUUUCCGGCGGCUGACCGACCCGGGCAGGUCGUGGGGCUCCAGCUUCCUCAACAUGCCAUUGAUGCAAAAAGUCACCCGCCUCAUCGUGGAGAAAUACCCCGGAGACGAGAUGGACGUCACUGUACCCUACCCCACCGGAUUCCAUCCCAAGACGAAGGACCAACUCACCGAGUGGCAGAAUUUCAUCCGGGCCUGCAAUCGGCCCAGCCUUUGCACCUUUAUCAAGGAAACAAAUGGCGAGUGGGCCCAAAAUGAUUUCCGGGCCCACCUGAUGGGCUACUGUAAGAACCAACCCGGCUUGUGCCGGGCCGUUGACUGCGCGUUGACUGAGUGCCCGACUAACUCGUCGGUGAUUUUGAGUGCACUUUUGGGGUCUCAGUUCUGUUUACAACCGAAAAGGGAAAGUUUCACGAGCCGGGCAGUUUUCGACUGCAUGGUAUCUGGUUCGGUUCCUGUUUUUUUCACAAAGACUUCUUACGAGCAGUAUGAGUGGUUCUUGCCGGGUGAUCCAGACAGCUUCUCGGUUUUUAUAGACCAAGAAGGGGUUAAGAAUGGCACGGUGUCUGUAAAGCAAGUGUUGUCGGGCUAUAGCAAAGAGGAAAUUCGAAAGAAGAGGGAAAAAGUGGUGGAGACUAUACCGAGGAUAAUUUACAAGAAACCGAAUGGGGAUAUCAAGAGCUUUAAGGAUGCUUUUGAUAUUGCUCUUGAUGGGGUAUUGGAGAGGAUUAAGGAGGAAAAAGAAUGGGCCGAUUUCUUGUGA